CAAAAGAUGACAUUUUUUAGGGCUGAUCUUCAGUCAACUUCCAAACCGACCAGAACAAAUGAGUAUCAAUAUUCAGUUGGAGGGAGUGUGGAAGUGGAACCAUGUCUUUGUUCCUUACCUCUGUACAUUUGGUGUUCAUACUCUCUAGUAUCAUUCAGAGAGCUUACUCCUUCUCUGGGCCAAACUCUACAAAUUCAGGUGCCGAUAGCUUAGGCAAUAAAAACAGCAGCUACAUAAAAGGGCCUGUUGUGGAGGAAUUCACUUUUCCUGAAAGAUCAACCCCCUUCAACAGCUGUCAUGCUUCUACCAUUGUUGAGGUUGGGAAGGGUCAUUUUUUGGUUGCCUAUUUCGGUGGCUCAUCUGAGGGGGCACCAGAUGUAAAAAUAUGGUUGCAGACGUAUAAGAGUGGCAGAUGGAAAUCACCUAUAAUUGCUGAUGAAGAGCCAAAUGUUCCUAUGUGGAACCCUGUACUGUUCAAACUUCCAUCCAAUGAGUUACUGCUGUUCUACAAAAUAGGCCUAGAUGUUCAAAAGUGGAGUGGAUUCAUGAAACGCUCAUAUGAUAAAGGAAUUACUUGGACAGAAAGAGAACAACUUCCUUCUGGUAUAUUAGGACCUAUCAAGAAUAAGCCUCUCUUGCUGGAAAAUGGUGACUUACUAUGUGGAUCUUCUGUUGAAAGCUGGAACUCCUGGGGAGCAUGGGCAGAGGUUACGACAGAUUUUGGCGGGACAUGGAGAAAGUAUGGCCCGAUUUACAUUGAGAAUAAGCCCCAUGGUGUGAUUCAGCCAGUACCAUACCAGACUGCAAAGGGGACACUGCGUGUUUUGCUUAGAUCCUUCACCGGCCUCGGAAGGAUUUACAUGUCAGAAUCCUUUGAUGGUGGCAAAAGUUGGGGGUAUGCAAAGCCUACACAACUCCCCAACCCAAACUCAGGUAUUGAUGGGGUUAAACUGAAAGAUGGCCGUCUAUUGCUUGCUUAUAAUACAAUUUCAAGGGGUGUGCUUAAACUUGCCCUCUCUGAGGAUGAUGGUGAUUCCUGGCAUGAGGCACUUACAUUGGAGGAUACAUUGGGAAUGGAAUUCUCAUAUCCUGCUGUUAUUCAAGCAAGUGAUGGGCGAGUACAUGUCACUUAUACAUAUAAAAGGACACAAAUUAAGCACGUUGUUGUUAGGCCAAGGCGAUGCAAAUCUACUUGUUUCUGAUAGGCAGGCAGAGAUAACAUUAAUGUCUGCAAUAUGUAUGGCCUUUUUGUAUCAGCAGUUACAGAUAAAUAACGCAAUGACUAUGGCCCAAAUUGAUUCAAUGUUUUCAUCUAAUCUCUAAAAAUAACAUUAAUGUCUUUUUUUCUUCUUUUUUUUCACAAGGGUAAGUUGGUAGCUUAUAGGUAGUUUUCAGGAGUUUAUAAGUCAAAUGUUAGUGUCAAGUAACUUGGUUGUGUUUGAUAUUUUGACAAUUUGACUAGGACAAAGAGAAAGAUCCCCUUCCCCAAAAUUAAUGUUCAGACAAGGAUCAUAUAAUAAUAAUUUUACUUUGUUUCAGC